UUGGACGUUUUCUAUUAGGUCUUUCUUGGCUCUUUGCCUGUCCAUCGGGUCUCUUUUUCUUGGUGGGCCAAAGGAAAACGUGUUUGAGUUUGGUAUAAAAAGGUUGGAAUUUGUGGGAGUCUCGUUUUAUCUCCUACUCGUUUCUUUGAGAAACAAACCCACAAGAAGAGAAGAACUGAAUCCUACAUCGUUAUAGCUGGUCUGGCUUGGCUAGAAGAAUGAGCGACCACCAAAGCAAUCAAGACGCUAGAAACGUUGAUCAAUCCGGGACGCAAGAUCAUGCCUCCAUCUACAUCGAGGAUAUGCUUCGUGGGGUGCUUCCGACCUCGCCAGAGCAUAGUAUAUUUAGGGUUCGUCAUGUACUACGCGAAGCAAACGAGAAAGCCUACGAACCCGAGAUUCUAGCCGUCGGGCCUUAUCACCACGGAAGAGACAGAUGCAAAUUUAUGGAGGAGCAAAAAAUGCGGUGCGUGCAGGGGUUGCUUGAGAGGAGAAACGAGGAGAGCGUCCACAGGUACAUGCCUAUCCUAAGAGCAAUGGAACAGCGGGCGCGUGAUUGCUAUGCGGAAACCAUCCGCCUCUCCCCAAAUGAGUUCCUGGCGAUGAUGCUCAUUGAUGGAUGUUUCAUCGUCGAGUUUCUCCGUAAGUACGGCAUGAAUGGCCCGCACAUGGAGGCAGGUUUGAUUCAAAUUCUACCCUCCCUCCGGCGCGAUUUAAUGCUGCUCGAGAACCAACUCCCGCUGUUCGUCUUGAACGAGCUAUAUGACAUGACUAAAGGUCCGAACGAGCAUUGUGAGCUCAUCGACAUCGCCAUCUGGUACGUCAGUGGCCAACCAGUAGACUUGAACAGAAAUGCGACGCUUCGCGACAUGCUUCGCGACAGCAAACAUCUCCUGCAUCUAGUGCACACUUGCUGUACUUUUGGCUUGCCAAAUGCGCCCCGGAUAGAAGGUAGCACCACGCAUAUGGAGGUGAGUUCCAUGCUCUCCGCGAUGGAGCUCAGGGAGGCUGGAGUCAUGUUAAGGGCGGCGCAUGGGCGACACCUUAUGGACAUCAAAUUCAAGAACGGGAUACUCGAGAUACCAGUCUUCACUGUAGAGGACUUCACCGAGUCGAAAUUUCGAAACCUGAUUGCGUACGAGCAGCAUCGUCAAUGUGGAGACAUCAGCUACGUGACGGACUACAUGUCGUUCAUGGAUUGCCUCAUAAACUCUUCAAAGGACGUCAAGCUGCUCCGCCGCCAAGGGAUUAUCAGGAACUGCUUGGGCGAUGACGUGGUAGUGGCGCAGAUAUUCAACGAGAUUGGUCACGGCGUCAUUGUUGACGAUUUCUAUUACGAUGAGAUCGCCCGCUAUGUGAAUGAGUAUUGCAACAAGAAGUGGAACCUUUGGAUGGCGAAACUGAGGAGGGAAUAUUUCCAUAGUCCUUGGGCUUUCUUGUCAGUUCUAGCAGCCAUCGUGUUGCUUCUUCUCACGGCAGCACAAACGGUAAUUGCUGUUCUUUCUUGCAACAAGCAAAGUUAAAAGUGACUAUUGUCUGUUUGAAUAUUUCCCUUGGACCAAUUGCUUGUGUUCUAUAGCCAAUAGCAAUGUCUUGGUUUUCCAACGAAGACGAACCAUGUAUGGCUACAGGGAGAUAUUAAAUUAUAAAUUAUUAUGUGAUUAUUCUU